CUCAGGUCUGAUCGGUCGCUUAUAUCUGUCUCACGUCCCACCGUUUCCUCCUCCCUCCCCCAGAACUGCCUGCCCUCUCCCGCCCUGCCGUCACUUCACAUCAACAGAACACAUGUACUUCACCAAAAGACAUAUACAAAGGAUGUAUUCAAGAGAACAAGGCAGCAAGCAAGGAGGCAGGCAAAAUGACGAUGUACACAAAUCGGCUAAUCAUGUCACGAACACUGAGAAAUCACAAUAGAUUGCCUCACUCACUGAAGCGGCACCGCCUGCGUGGUGCACAGGCAGACAUACGAACGACGGGGUGUUUGUGGUGAGUAAGGAAAACACAGACAAGGGGCUCUCCAACACAGCACUCGAACGUACAAGUGACCAGGCGCCCAGCGAUCGUCGACUGUGCACCGACUGUACACACCAGACGUAUCGAAGCGACAUCGUAUGAACAAAUCAACACAGGCACACACACGAAUGGCGUUGUAGGGGCAGACAGCCACUCAGUAGCACAGUACAGCAGCUGUCAGCGGGGCUGGUUUCUCACGACAUCAGUCAGUAGGGCAUUCAGCCGCUCCUUUUUUUGGACGCAGCUUCGAUCGAACCAGACAAACAAGCCUACAGCCAGCAAAACACACACACACACACACAGAGAGAGAGAGAGAGCAAUGCACUGCACGCCGCUCACUCCUGCCCACCCCGCCAACCUACCUCGCGGGGACGCCCAUGCCCUGCUCAGUAGCGCUGGGAUGGGUGCUGCCCUUGCCCGCCAGGUGGUGGCUGCCGUUGCCCGCCAGGCCCUUGCCCGCCAGGCCCUCGCCCGCCAGGCCCUUGCUCGCCAGGCCCUCGCUCGCCAGGCCCUCGCUCGCCAGGCCCUGGCUCGCCAGGCCCUCGCCCGCCAGGCCCUUGCUCGCCAGGCCCUGGCUCGCCAGGCCCUCGCUCGCCAGGCCCUGGCUCGCCAGGCCCUUGCUCGCCAGGGGACAGCUGGGGGGCGAGUUGACUGGAGCCACUGAUGGUGAAGCGGACAGUGCAACAGCACUCCGCACCACCUGGUCCAUUGCACCACGUGCAGUCAGCACCAUCCGCCACAGCGCACGGGUCCCGAAAGUCUAUUGCAGGGUGGGGCAAGAUGAAGAAUUGGCAACAGCAAUCCGCACGAUGGCACACCCAGCAGUUUUGGAGCCCCCCCGCAACCAUCGUGGCACACGUGUCGCUCAGCUCGCGCCUUUCUGCUCCAGUCUCGUCACCAACACCUGUGUGUAGGCAGCACAUACGCGAGAAUCAGUAGUGCGCUUCGCUCGCUGUCUCUGUCUGAUAGCCGCUCACCAUCGGGGUCCAUGUUGAUAAGAGGCACCUGAAAGAACACAUCACACGCAAAGGGAAGACAAGCAGCCGGCUGACCGAGUCGGUCGGUCAAUGUCUGGUGGAUGGCUGUUGUGCCUACCGUCGCAUUGAAGGCGCCGUCACGAGCUAGUCCGUCCAAAUCGGUCGAAGCGGCGCGGAGGGCGGGGCCAGCGGUCACAGCACCAGCCAGCAGAAGGGCGCCAACAAGGCACAGCAGAGUCUUCAUUGCCGCAAGAUGAGAGAUCAAAACGUGGCCUCAAGUCGUCGAAGAUGCACUGAGUGGCGAUAAGAGAUAAAAAGGCGUUCGCUGAGAGAUGGAAGAGGCCGUCGGUCGAGCAGAUCGCUGACAGAUCUGAGUAGCCAGGCCAGGACAGAAGAGGUAGACAUGCGCUCUCUGCGGUCUUUGCUCAUGCGCUAUCUUCGGAAUGGAGCGCUCCAUUCUCUCGUGCAGCUCAGCUCGCAUCCGUCGAAGGCUGUCCUGAUUUCUCAACGAGCACGAAGACUGCAUCGCGUGUAAGACGAGCGCUUGGCCACCCGGGCUG